AUGCCAGCUACAGAUGCUCUCCAGCCCCCUCUAAGCGAAACCGAACGUGAGAUCUGCAAGUCAUACGGCGGCUGGACUAAUUUCAUGCAUUCUUCCGGUCUCAAGCCGUGGAAUGACGAGGACCAGGCUGAAGGCAAGACUAUCAUAGCAGCCUUUGCGAGUGAUAAGGAUGAAGAUAACACUGCUAAUAAAACAAACAAGGCCAAUAAUAGUGCUAGUAGUGGCUCAUAG